AUGUUGGAUUUUUACAGCGUUGAUCUUUUUAGCCUUUUUCUUUCUAUUUUUGCUUCUUUCCUUUUUCUUGUUUUUCUUUCUUUCUUUUGUAAUUUACGUGCUUGCACCUCUCACUCUCUUUCUUUGUUUACUAUCUUCACUCCCUUUGUUGUAUAUUCUUUUCUUUUCUUUUCUUUUCUUUUCUUUUCUUUUGUUUGUUUAUUUCUCUCUUCUUAUUUCUACGCACUUUAUUGUCUUCUCUCUUUUUUCUUUUCUUUCUCUCGUUGCGUUUUGCUUUUACUUCUGAAAAAUUUAAGCCUUUAUUUGUUUUGUUUUUUUUGCUUGUUUUCUUUUUUACCUUUUCUCAUUUCUUAUUUCUUCUCUUUCUUUAGCUCGUCUUUCUCUUCCUUUUCUUCUGAUUUUCUUUCUUUUCUUUUUCUUUCCUUAAUUCUUCCAUUUUUUUUCGUUUCUCAUUCUCUCAUUCUUCCUUCUUUCUUCUUAUUAUCGCUCUCCAUUGUCCUUCUUUUCUCUCUCUCUUUUCUUACUCCUUCCUUUUCCUUUCCUUUUCUUAUCUCUUUUCUUAAUACUUUUCUUUCUCUUUCUUUUUUUUAUUUAUUUCCUUUCCCAAUCUCUUUUUUUAUUUAUUUAUUGCUCCCCUCAUUCUCUCUCUCUCUCUCUCUCUCUCUCUCUCAUAUUGCUUUCUGCCUUUCCCUUCUUUAA